AUGGCGGACGAAGAAAUCAAGCGAACGAGCAGUAUAGAGGAUGGUGGAGGAAAAGAUAAUGAACAUGAGAGUGGAAUGACCGGUCUACCGAAUCUACCUAGUACGAGGGAAGAGACUGCACAAGAGUUGAGCCAAGAAGCUGGGACAAGUCGAGCACAACCGAGUAGAGACCCGGGGAUAAAGCCGCUGAAAAGAUUUGAUACGCUGCCCACGAAGCGGAAUCAACUUUCACCAGAUACACGGAGACGAGGACGAACUUUGACUGGCCAGGUUCCUGGGAAUGAUGACCUAUCUUCGAGGGGACAAAUUUUCAAGAGGGGGACCUCAAUUUUCUCCGGAGAGAGGCGGGGGAGAAUGGGUUCCAUACCCGAGCGAGGAGCUAUUCCUCCAAAUGCAGAGAGAGAACCUCGUCCUAGUGGCGUUUCCGAUCGCACUCAAGGUUCAGGUCUUCGCCCACGCUUGAGCACCAUAAAUCGUCAACGAGGAGCCUCUAUCCGAAGAAGACCUACCGUGGCGCUAGAAGCUAUUACAUCUGGAGCCGAUGUUGGAGGUGGAGAUAACUUUACAUUGGCUGGGCCUGCACCAAUCGAGACCCUGGUGCAAAACCAGCCCUAUGUUGAUCCAGGUUACGCCCAUCUAAACCCUGCCUAUGUUCAACCCGAGAAUGUCAGGCCAGUAUGGGGUUUAGCCAAGCCUUUACCGCGUGUGAUUCGUCCGGGUAUGAUCCCUUCACGCUCGGAAAUCAAUAUCAAUAUUGCCCAGCAACAACAACAACAGCAGCAGCCUCAAGAUCAGGCGGAUGUAGACUUGGAACAAGGUAGGAUCGAACCAACCCUCAAAUUGUCCAGAAUCUCAACCGCCCUUCAAAAUGCUAGACAACAACGUGAAAACAACCUCAUGGAAGCACAUGGGUUGGUUGCGCCGACAACUCUACAGAGUACGGCAUCGAGGCAAGAGCCACUGACUUCUCCGUCUCAAGUCAUUGAAGAAGAGGGACCGACCGGUAAACCCACAAACACGGAUACCACAUCCCCAGAACGUUCCCGAACACGCCCGCCCCUCUCAUUCGAUGGCCGACCCUCUCAGAACUCACAAACUUCACAAAUUGAUCCCUUCCCCAGUCUUUCAGAUCAUGAUGAUCAGGCUUCCGUGACAACAGAAGUUGCGGGUGAGGGUGAUCUAGAUGGGGCGUGGAUUAGUCAAGAAAUUCCUUUGGUUGCUUACGAUCCCAAUUAUGAUGAUGAAAUUCACAAUCUUCACACACAUUGGUCCGUUAUUCGAUUACGAUUCCGAGAACCGCUUGCGGAAUUGUUGGCUGUCACUUGCCAACUAACCCUUGGAUUCUGCGCGGAUUUAGUCGUAGUAACAUCAGGUAAAAAUGCAUCUCCUGCGGGAAAUGAAGUAACUACCGACUGGGCCUGGGGUCUAGCUUCAAUGCUUGGCAUUUAUAUUGCUGGUGGUAUUUCCGGAGCCCACCUCAACCCAGCCAUUUCGAUAAUGCUCUGGAUAUAUCGAGGUUUUCCUCUUAGAAAAGUACCAAUGUAUGUCCUUGCACAGAUACUCGGAGCAUUCAUAGCAGCCUUAAUAGCCUUCGGUCUCUACCAAACCAACAUUGUCGAAUAUGGCGGAACCGAUUUAAAGAACGGAGAUACAAUGGGAGCAUUUAUUACAUAUCCGCGAUAUGCCUGGAUUAAUGCUAGCACAUCAUUCUUCACCGAAUUCGUCGGAACCGCAAUUCUAGCUGUAGCAGUCUUAGCCCUAGGAGACGAUAUGAACGCACCUCCUGGAGCCGGUAUGUCAGCUUUCGUCAUGGGACUCGUUAUUACCGUUCUCAGUAUGGCAUUUGGCUACAAUACCGGGGCGGCCCUGAAUCCCUCUCGAGAUCUCGGUCCACGUCUCGCACUCGCAGCGCUAGGCUACGGAAAAGAUCUCUUCACCGAUGUGUAUUGGAUAUGGGGAAAUUGGUGCGCGCCGAUUUCAGGUGCCAUUUUCGGCGCGUUCUUGUAUGAUGUUGCCAUCUUUGCUGGUGGUGAGAGUCCGGUUAAUUAUCCGAGGAAGAGGAUUAGGAGGGCAGGACAUAAGUGGAAGAAGAGGUGGGGUGCUAAGUUGAGAAGGAUGAAGCCUUUGAAGAAGGGUGAGGAUGAGACUUAUCGGAGGUGGAAGGAAAGUCAGCAGUAA